AUGGCGGCGUCGAAUUACGAAUACCCAAGGCUCCAGCGCCCGGAAAUAGUUGCAAUCUUAGCGCAGUUCCAGAUCGCUAACGUCACCGAGCAGGACCUCUCCAAACCCAACCCUGACUUCAUCUCCGACCUCUACAGCCGCGUUCUCUUACAUCUCGGCGUUCCCCACGAGGAAGACAACGGGCAACUUGACUUCGACGCCCUAGAGCAUCUUGAAAACCCCGAUUUCCAUGUCGAAUCCGUUAGCGUCAUCAAACUCUUCAACAAGAUCAAGGAGGUUCUCACCGACAUUGAGUGCCCUCGCAAAUUCACCUUUGGUGAUCUCCUCCUGCCGGAUCCUCACCGGACUGACAUCUUCCUCGGCGCUCUUCUCAAUUUCUUCCUCGACAGGGACGCGAGAAUGAACACCGUGUCGGAGAUCGUGAACGAAUUUAAUGCUCUGGAGGUGCAGCAAGCGGAGUUGGAGAACGAGAUUUUGGAGUUGAAACGGGAGAUUGCGGAAUGCAAUGAGGCGAGAGAGAGGGAGAUGCCUCUUGUUCAGGAGGUGGAGGCGAAAGUUAACGAGCUGAAGCAAUCGAUUGCGGCGCUGAACAACAACCAGAGUUCGUUGAGGAGUACUUGGAGGAAGUUGAAGGAUAGGACUGGGGAAAUGGAUCAGAAGAUUUCUAAUGCUGAAUUUACGUUGGUACAAAAUGUUCAAGAAAAUGCAAAUCUACGUUCAAAAAUCGCUCAAUCACCUGAUAAAGUGCAGAGAGCUUUAGAGGAAAAGAAAUUGGCGCGAGAAGAGGCAAGGAAUGCUGAAAGAUUAGCAAUGCAAGCUUAUCACGAGAAGACUGCCCUUGUUGAAGUUUUUUCCAAGGUAUACAAGAAAAUGUCAAAACACUGCAAGUUGAUGCAGGAUAUACAGGAACAGGUAAAUUCUGGUAAAUCUAUUGAAAAGGAUCUUAAAGCAUUGAAAGCUAAAUUUAGCGAUGAAGAAAUGUUGGAGAAGUCACUUGAGGCCAGAUUGGUUGAAAGACAAAGUAAAGUUGAGCAGAUGGAAGAACUGAUGAAACAGUCGGAGAAAGAGUGCAGUAUUAUGUGGGAAGAAGCAACUAGAUAUUUAAGGAGUAUAAAAUCAGAGGUGGAAUCUAAGAGUUCUACUACAGAAGCAAGGCAGAGAAAUGUUGAGAAUGUGCUAUCUGAGGCGGAUGCCAUAAAUAGUAAAAUUGCAUCAGUAAAAGAAUCUGCAGCAGUUGAAGUGGAACGGUUAAGCCGCAAAUGUGAAGAGUUAGUUGAAGCGUUUCACAAGUACGCAAAUCCGAUUGCAGAUAUGAUUGAAUCUGGGCAAAAGAGAUUGAAGGCCACUCAAGGAGGUGGAUCUGACAUUUCAGUUUCGGUUUGA